UUUUUUACACAACACUCAAGGUAGUAACAUUUGUAGUACUAUCCUCCUCUACUUCCUCCAAACUACUCUCUAUUGUUCUCUAAUUUUUCUUUUAAGAAUGGAAAUGGUAGGCAAGAUUGCAUGUUUCGUGGUUUUGUGCAUGGUGGUGGUUGCACCUCAUGCAGAGGCACUAAGCUGCGGCCAGGUUCAGUCUGGCCUGGCUCCUUGCCUCCCUUAUCUACAGGGCCGUGGCCCUCUCGGAGGCUGUUGUGGUGGUGUUAAAGGUCUGUUAGGUGCAGCCAAGUCCCCAGCUGACCGCAAGACUGCAUGCACUUGCCUGAAAUCGGCCGCUAAUGCUAUUAAGGGUAUUGACAUGGGCAAAGCCGCUGGACUCCCUAGUGCUUGUGGCGUUAACAUUCCAUACAAGAUCAGUCCCUCCACUGAUUGCUCCAAGGUCCAGUGAGGUUGAUGAAAGAUGGAUCAGUUUUCCACAGGAUAAUUUGUUAGAGAAGAAGAAUAAGAGUGAUCGAGUAUGAUCCUGCUUAUGGAUCCAUUUUGAUUUUGUGUUUGUUGUCUCUAUAUUUUCUGUUUUGUCUUUUGGAGUCAUAAUCAGAGUCUUGUAAUGAAACUUCAACGGUUGGUUGUAUUACAAUCCAAUCAGCUUGAUAAUACAUCUAUAUUUCUAUGUACUAAUUAAUUAAUGUCUCUUCUACGCGGAUUAAUACCUUC